AUAUACACUCCUAUUUCUCAUCUUCCUCUUUCUCAGUAGUUUUCUCAUCUCUCCCAAAUAUUCAGAAUGCUUCCUUACCAUACCCUUCAAGAAGCAGAAGUUGCCCUAGGAAGACGACUAACCCUUCCUCAGACAAUAUGGUUCAAAUAUUCUGCAAACAAACCUGAUUUUCUUCUUCAUUGUCACAACUCUCUAUUCUUGUUGUUCUUUUAUUCUAUUGCUCCUAUUCCAUUCUUAUUGAUGGAGCUUGGUGGGAACCACAUACUAAACAAACACAAGAUUCAGCCCAAGGUCAAGAGAACAUUCUCGGAAAUGUUCAAAUGCUACAAAGAUGUCCUGCACACCUUUGUCAUUGCGGUUACUCCUCUUCAGAUCAUUUCUUAUCCCACCAUAAAGUGGAUUGGGAUCAGAACUGGUUUGUCACUGCCAUCGGGCUGGGAAUUAUUUUGGCAGAUAUUAGUUUACUUUGUCAUAGAAGAUUAUUUGGGCUAUUGGGUUCACAGGAUGCUCCAUUAUAAAUGGGCCUAUCAGAAGAUCCACAAGGUUCAUCAUGAAUAUUCGGCACCAAUUGGGCUAUCAGCACCUUAUGCCCAUUGGGCUGAGAUAAUCAUAUUGGGUAUCCCCGCAUUUAUUGGCCCAGUACUAUUACCAGGCCACAUAACAACCUAUUGGUUAUGGUUCAUUUUGCGCCAGAUAGAAGCCAUUGAGACUCAUAGCGGGUAUGAUUUUCCUUGGAGUUGCACAAAGUUUAUACCAUUUUAUGGAGGAGCAGCAUUCCAUGACUACCAUCACUAUGUUGGUGAAAAAACUCAAAGCAACUUUGCCUCAGUAUUUACCUAUUGUGACUACAUUUAUGGAACUCAUAAGGGCUACCAAUACAUAAAACAGAAGGGAAGGGAAAAUUCUACUUACACCAAAAAGUACAAGAUGAAGUAGCUGUGUUAUGCUUUCAGCUUUAAAAUUGGCUCUAUGG